AUGAACCCAAAAGUAAGCCACCUACCUAUCAGCCAAUCGACCAACUUACUAAUCUACGUACCAACUGAAUCAACAGAAACGGAGUUUGGGGCUAUUCAAGGAGCUCCAAGAGGAACUCGCUGCGUGGCAGUGCUGCUACUGCCAUUCGGGUAUAUGGCUCCACGUCACCAAGGUCACCUCCGCGAGCCCCUCUUUCUACGUGUUGGAAUGUUGGAUGUGGGAUCCGUGUUUCGGAGCGCGCUCCACUCAGCCCAGGUGCAUGGCCUGCAGCACGAGGUGCUGACUGGAGAGGAGCUGAACAGGCGGUUCCCGGCAUACCGGGUUCCGGAGCACUGGAUGGCGCUGUAUCAGCCGGACGGCGGCGUACUGGCUCCCGAGAGGAUCGUACAGACCCCUCUCAUCCAUAUCGCGUUCUCGUCCACGUCAUUCACGUCCUCACUCUUUUCACCCCGCCGCCGUAAGGCCCACGUGAGUACGGCUCAACGGCUGGGGGCUGAGGUGCUGACGUGGCACUCGGUGGCGUCAUGGCGGGUGGAGGGCAGCGCCGAGGAUGCCCCGGUCACCUUCCAAGUGGAGCCCACAACCACAACCACAACCGCAGAGGCAGCGGCGGCCGCCACCGGCAGCAGUGGCGGCAGUAGCGGCGCGCACGGAAGCCGUACCGCCGGCGGCGGCGGCGGCGGCAAUAGCCUCAAGAGGUUUACGGCCGGCGCGGCGGUAUUCACUCCGGGUCCCUGGAUUGGUCAACUGGUUCCGGAGCUUCGUGAGCUUUGUGUUCCGGAGCGCCAAGUGGUGGGCUGGUUUGAAAUUGAAGCCGCCUCGCGGCACCAUUUUGCGCCGGACCGCUUUCCCGUCUUCGUUCUGGAGGAGUCCCCGGGAGGCGCGGCCUACUACGGCUUCCCCGAGCACGGCGACGUGCCAGGCUUUAAAGUCGGUCUGUAUCGCCACCUUCGGGAGGAGAUCCGGGAUCCAGCUGCCCUGGAUUCAGUUCGCCGUACAGCUGACGCGGCCGAUGAGGCGGCGCUCCGCGCCGGCGUGUCGUCGUACUUUCCGGCGGCGGCAUCUGGUCGGAUGCUCGCCGCCAGCACCUGCUUCUUCACCAACACACCGGAUGGACAUUUCCUGGUAGACCGACACCCCCGUCACCCGCAGGUCAUCCUGUGUUCCGCUUGCUCCGGCCACGGCUUCAAAAUGAGCUCGGGCAUCGGCCAGCUCAUCGCUCGGAUGGGAAAGCCAUGA